AUGGCCAACAGGAAUGAGAGAGACAAUGGCGAGCAGCAAGGAGAGAGCAGCAAGAGUGCUGCAGCUGCAUCCCAAAAAGACACACAAACAACUCUUGACACGGUCUCACAUUCAUUCCCUACCUCGUCGCCUCCAACGAUCACGAGCGCAAUGCAAAAUCACAAACGAAUGGUUUAUCAUCAACUGAAAGCAAAUCUCGUCAGCACUGAAGAUCAAGAAAGAAUGGUCUCCGAGUUUUUUGUCAGUGCACCAAAUGCCUCUGAGCAAGCCGCUGAAGCAAGAGUCUCCGCCUUCUUCGGUCAAGCUCCCGACACUAGACCACGUUACGUCUACCACGGUACUAUCCGUAGUGAGGACAAUGAUGACAACAUCCGAGCAUUGAUCCGCAAAGGCCUGCGAUCUGAACGCAUUACAGACCAUGAUUUGAGAGAAUUCGUUACCGAGCGAAUGGUGCCUCUUGGAGAUGCAGGCCUAACAAGCUCCCUUGCUCAUAUUCGCAUACAGAAGUACCUUUUCGAGUGCAUGGUACCUUUCUUUUAUACCAUUGUUGGCCCGGAUGGUUCAGACCCUGGGCCCGACGCAACACGCAUCAUGGCACAGAGGGACACUACCGGUUUGGUCGCCUUUGCUAAAGUUGCAGAGUCCAAUCAGCCACAAAAAUAUCUCACAGUCCCGAAAUUCAUUCAUGCCACUUGCGGCAAAUCUCACGCCCAGAAAAAGGCUGGCCAUAUACCACCUGUGAGCGGCGUGCCUCCUGAGGAAAAGCCUGAUGAGGGCGAGCAUGACAAGUCGCCUAUGAGUGGCGAGCCUUCUAAGACUGUUGAUGAGGGUGAUGGCUAUAGAUCGCCUGUAGGCAGUGAGCCCUCUGACGAGACGGCUGAUGAGGACGAUGGCCAAGGUUCUCAUGCCUCAGAAGCCCCCCAGUUGGACGACAUGAAUGAUCAAAAUACAGACCCUACAUCCUGUGGUAGCGAGAACAGGUCGGAUACUAACGGCGAGCUGGACUUCGCUGCGUACGAACAGACGACCCUAGCAUUGUACGAGGCAGCAGUACAACGAUCCAGCCUUGUUAGGCAACGCUCUCGAAAUCAGCAACAGCUUGCGGCGUUGAAGAUCACCCAAUGCAACGAGCUUGAUCAACUUCACGAGCGGAAAAUCGAGGAUAUGGAGGUCGCGAUUCCAGAGGACUAG